AUGUCGCAAGGUGGUUCCCUGAUCCAUAUAGGUUGGGCGACGACUUAUAUGGAUCAGGUGGUGCAAGCUAAGCUCGCCGUGGCAGGGCUGCUUAGAGACCAAGUGCAGAAGGAGGGACGUACGAAAAAUGAAUGGCGAUACACUCGUCAUUCGUGGAGAGAAGGUUCCGUCGCGAAAUUCGCUGUUGGUUUUGUUGUGCACCCAUCUGUCGUCCAUCUUGUCGAUUCUCAUGAGAUCCUGUCACUUCGUCUGGCCAUUCUGCGCCAAAAACCCAUCAGUAUCAUCAACUGCUACUCGCCAACAUCAGCAGCUGAUGAAUCCGAAUUGGGCGCGUUUUACGAGGAGCUGGAUGAAGUGAUCCGCAACGAGAAGUCCUUCUACAAAUUCGUUCUCGAAGACUUCAACGAAAAACUAGGAAUUGCUACAGAAGAAGAGUACAGGAUCGGAAGAUUUGGACUAGGGGACCGGAAUGAAAAUGGCAGUCGUCUCUCCGGACUGCUAGAUCUCCGCGAAUAUAAUAUUUCGCUAGCAGCCUUGCUGAGCGAAGACGGGACUCGCAUGUCUUCUCGUCGUGAGAUGGAAAUCAUUACGGAGAGGUUCUACUCGAAUCUUUUCCGUUCAUCAGCUCCUGUGUCAAGUCCGAUCAUCUCCACUGGACACUGGAUGAAGCCCAGCCUUAAGAACAAGCUGGAUUCCGUCAGGGUUCAGCUGCCUGGACCACGUUCAGACCGUGUUGAGGGUCAUAAAGGUUUGCCGGGAAUAGCUACGGACCAACUGAUGUACCAAGAUCUUAAUGCCCAUCUGUUCGACUCGAAAGUUCUUCCAGGGCUCUGUUACGCAGCGGAGACGUGA